AUGUAUAAAAUACCAUGCUAUAAACAUGAUGGUUCGUAUGUCCAAUUCAUAAGUACUGAUAAAGACAGAACCGAAUUCAUUUGUGAUUAGUGCUAACAGGACUUAAUUGACACGAAUCCGAAAUUUAAUUUUUAGAAUCUCAUAAAUAUGAGUACAGGAUUGAAGUCACCAGAAUUUCUAUUCUCCAAACUAGAAGUGUCUGGAGAUAUAAAGGAUUUUUUUGGAGAAUUUGCAAAACAUGAUGAAAUUAGUUUAAAUAAAUAAAUCAAACAAUUUGAAUCCUUUAUUUUAGAUAUUUAAAAUGGAUUUACAAAGAUGUUAGAGGAAUUGUAACAAAAUAUUAAAUUAUUUUUGGAUUCAAAGUCUGUAAUUCGAUAGAAUUUAGAAUAGAUAAUGAAAUUCCAUGAGUUUAAGUCAAUUAUGACUAAUCUAGAGCAAUUAGGAGAUUCAAUCAAUCCCAAAGCUAUUGAAUAAGCAGAAACAGAUGUGCACUAAUACUUUUAGAAUGUUUCAUAAGAAUGCAAAAAUUCCUUAUUAUAAAGAAUAUAAGAAAGUUCCGUAUUGAGUUAAUAGAAAUUAAAAAAUGAAGACCCUGUUAAUUUUCCUGAAUUUCAAAAAUUAGAGGCUUUGCUUAAAUCCUUAAUACUUACACACUGUGAAUUUAUUAAACAAUUAUAACCAAAGCCUCCUACUCGUUAUCUUUUAAAUGAUAGUUUUUAUAAUAAAAUCAUCAAUUAGAUAAAAAAAAAGUAGCAGUAUGAAAUAAAAAAUGCUGAAUUGAUUUUUUAAGGUACAAGGGAUGGAUUGAAUGCUAAUUCAUUUUGGAAAAUCUGUAAUAAAAAAUCUAAUUUGUUAAUGGUAUUCAAGUCAUCUAGUUAAGCAAUAUUUGGAGGGUAUUCUCCAUGUUAAUGGAUAUGUGAAUAACUGAUUACUCACAGAUCUGAUCCAUCAUACUCAACAUUUCUAUUUUCAUAAGAUAAGAACGAGAUUUAUGAAUAAAGAUUAGGAUAUGAAAAUGGAGCAAUUUGCUGUCGUGCAUAAAGUGGACCUAUUUUUGGAGCCGGUCAUGAUCUAUACAUUGACACAGAUUUUGCUGAUGGAUAUUCGAAACUUGGAUAUACAUUUUUAAUUCCAUAACAAAGAAUGCAAAAUGUUUGGAAGUUUGGCAAUUAAGAAAAUUCCACUUAUUUAUUUGGAUAGUUAACUCCAAAUAUUGUAGAGUGUUAAAUAUUUGAAAUCAUAUUUUAAUGA